CAGCAGGGAAAUUUAACCUCCGGCUAGUCAAUAUCGGGAAGGACUGGAAAAUUAAAAAGGGAUUUUCAGAGGAAAUUAAAAUGAGUCACAUCAUUCCCGAUAGUGAUGAAGCGUUAGAUAGUGAAGAAGAUAUAUUUAUGGAUCAGGAUUUCGUUGGUGAUGUAAUAUCGGAAGAAAAUGGGAAUGAAAUAUAUUCUAAUGAAGCAACAGCCGGAUCAACUCAAACUCCGCAGAAGAGAAAAGGUUACAAUGGGUUAAAUAAUGAAAAUCUUCCAUCACAUAUUUUGGCAAAACCCCAAAAGGCCAAAAAUGAGACGCUACCAGCAACUUCAAUAGAAAAAUAUAAAAAGAUUCACGAAGUUUUUAAGGUGUGAAUGAAAGAAAAAAACGUAACCCGAGUGUCAGAAACUCUGUUGCUUGCCUAUUCCAUGGAAUUAUCAGAGAGAUAUGCUCCGAGCACUCUGCGGGCUACGUAUUCGAUGUUAAAAUCGACGUUGAGGAUAUAUGAUAACCUCGACAUUUAUCCCUUCACACAAUUGCUGGCGUUUCUCAAGCAGAGGGGCAAGAAACAUAAAAAAAAAAAGUCAAAGGAUUUGACUGAACGACAGGUUCACCAGUUUCUCACUUUUGCACCGGAUGAUAAAUGGUUAGCCGUCAAGGUCGCAUUGAUAUUUGGGAUAAAUGGUGCCUGCCGACGCCAAGAAUUACACGAUAUGAAAAUGCAAAUGCUACAGGAGGAGGGAAAUUAUUUGCAUGUGACUCUUCCGGCUGAAGUUACCAAAAGUUUUCAAGGAAGGAUUUUUUCUGUCACCGGCAAGUGGUACACUACUGUCAAAAAAUACUUAGACACUCGACCACAAAAUUGCACACUGGACAGUAUUUUUUUGACCUAUCGUGAUGGGAAGUGCACUAAUUUACCCAUGGGAAUAAAUACACUGGGUGCAGUUCCAAAGAACAUUGUAACUUAUUUGCAACUCCCUGAUGCGGCUCAGUACACCGGACAUGCUCUCCGUCGAUCCUCUGCAACCAUUUAUUGCAAGGCUGGGGGAACAUUACUUGGCUUGAAGGAUCUUGGAGGAUGGAAAUCGGAUACAGUCGCUCAGUCUUAUCGCGCAUAGUCUCUAUA